GCCUCUUUGUUCAAACUGAUCUUGCUUCUCUCCCUCAGCGUUGCUGCUGGCGAGGAGGGGAUCGGAGGCAGCACCUUGCUGCGUGUGCUCGCCCGCGUGUGUGUAUAUGUGAGUGUGAAUCUAUUCCGAUCCCGGCAGAUAUCAACGUGUGAGGAUGAACGGCGCAUAGGCUGCUGCUCGGCGAGGAGAGGAGAGGAUACCGUUGGAGAAGGAGUGAGAAGUUCAAGACGUGGAGCGCGCUUGUGCACACACUCACCCCACGGUCUCUUGUGCCUCUGCAAAGUGCUGUUUCACCCUGGUUUCGUCGCUUGCCGUCUCUCUGCACCCUGUGGAAGGUUUGGGGGGGGGAGCACCUGCACCGAGGCGCAAAAGCUCAACAUUCCUGAAGAUUGCACCAUUGAGACGCGUCUGGUUUUGACAGAAAAGGUCCAGGAUGGCACUCGCUCUGUGUGCAGCUGGGCGGCAGAUCCUCUUUGCUCUGAUGCUGCUGCUCUAUUUGGGCUCGGGAGCAGCCUCCUCCAUGGUAAACAUGCGUAGGAUCACCCAUCCUACAGUACAACAAACACUGGCAGGCAAAGCUGUCCUCCCCUGUGUCUUCACCCUCCAGACCAGCUCCUCCGGCCAGCCUCCCCACCUCCUGUGGACUCGCAUCAGGGCACCAGCAGAAGGAGAGAGCGCUCCUCUGGAGCAGAUUGUGCUUUCUGCUAAAGGUGAUGUAAUCAAGGUGAAUAAGGCUUUCAGUGGCCGUGUCCUGCUGCCAGGGUACACUGCCAGUCCUCUGAAUGCUACCAUGGAGAUCUCCAGUCUCCGCACCAACGACUCAGGCACUUACCAAUGUCAGGUUGUCAUGGGUAACGACUAUGAGAGAGACACUGUGCCCCUGGUGGUCUCCGGUGUUGUGUUUCACUACCAGGCUCCCAGCACCCGAUACGCCCUCUCAUUUACCGACGCCCAGCGGGCCUGCCUGGAAAACUCGGCUCAGAUGGCCACACCGGCCCAGCUGUGGGCAGCGUACUACGAUGGCUUUGCCAGCUGUGCAGCCGGCUGGUUGGAUGACCAGACUGUCCGCUAUUCUGUCCAGUCACCAGAGCUCGGUUGCUAUGGACACAAGGAGUACUCAUCUGGAGUUAGGAAUUAUGGGAAGAGGGACCCGAAAGAGCUGUUUGAUGUGUACUGUCUCGCAAAAGAACUAGAUGGUGAAGUGUUUCACUCCUCGGUCCCGGGCAGGCUGUCUCUGUCGUCAGCCUCAGACCGCUGUGUGUCCCUCGGGGGGCAGCUGGCCACAGUGGGGCAGCUUUAUCUGGCCUGGAAGGCCGGCCUGGACAGCUGCGCCCCGGGCUGGUUGUCUGAUGGCAGCGUUCGCUACCCGGUGACCAGGCCUCGCCCAGACUGUGGAGGGGGCCAGCCAGGAGUCCGCACCGUCCCACCCAACAGCACUGCUGACAACACUACAGCGCUAUAUGAUGCUUACUGCUACAGAGGUAAAGUGAAGAAUUCCGGCUCCAUCUCUGAGAUCUACACCUCCCUGUGGAAGCCCUGGAGCUACCUCACAGGCUCGGGUGAUGCUGACUCUGCAGGGACAGGCAGUAGUGACGGAACUACACAGCAAACCGCCACUGCCAGAGGGCUCUCUGAUGGCAGUGAUGUUUCACUUUCAAACUGGACAGGAUUGAUUAACCUAGAAGAGGAGGCCUCCCUUUACAACACUGAUGCUUCCUCAGACCCCUGGUCCUCAGAGUCUUCAGGGUCAUUUGUGACCCUCCAGCUAAUCCCAGGACAGAGCCUCUUAGACUGGGGAGAGCCACUGGAGCCUGGCCCCGACUCAGAGAAGUUUCUCCGACCGUUGGUCCACCCUACUCCUGCUGACAAGAAGGUGAUCUCCAAUAUUGUCAAGUCCAUUUGGAAGCCUUGGAACUACCUGGCAGGGACUGGAGAUGAGGAAGGAACCCAAACACCAAGUGGACAGGCAGGGGAAGAGGAGACGGCCACGAAAAAGACCGAUGAGGGGUCAAACUCACCCAGCGCAGCAUCACCAAGUUUGUUUUCUUGGGGAAGUUCAUGGUUUAGCGGUCCCUUGAGGGAAAACUCUACACCUGCGAGUGAAGAACCUCCCACACGUCUGGCAUCUACUUUGGCCGCCUCCAGUAACUCUACGACUACAGAGAGCACCAAGAGCUUGGAGACUUCAGAGACGCUCAAGUCCACCGCCUCCAGCUUUUCUUCCGGAAUCACAUCAUCCAGCGGAGAAAUCUGGGUCCGCGUUGAUUCCGAGACCACGACCCAGCCGGGUGGCAAGAGGGAGGAGACGGUGACCUCCAGAGGCAGCGGCAGAGGAGGCAGAGGAAGGGGGAAGAAGAACAGAGGGGAGGACAGGAGCAGAGGAGAGGAGAAGGGGAAAGGAGAAGACGAGGGGAGUGGAGAAAUCACCGGCGCGGAAGCAAAGGGGGAGAUACAAGUUUCACGUCGACCAGCUGGAACAAGCAAACCAAGAGAGCGAUCCAGAGAAAGAUCUAGAGAGAGGGGUCACAGGAAGGGACAGUCCACCACUACCACGACUACCACUGUCACCGCCAGUCCUCUGGAGCUCACGGUGAUGACCACAACUGGGCCGGAAAGCGCCGACUUAUCUACAUCAAAAUCCACCUCACCGGCAGAAACCCCAUCGCCAUCAAGCUCACCAGAUCCAGACCAAUCCCUCUCCUCAUCUCCGUCACCGUUGCCGUCUGUAACUGCGUCCCCAUCUCCAUCCUCUUCUCAGCCGUCUCCAUCUCAAUCCCUGUUUGAAUCCCAAUCUCCUUCCCCAUCCGCGUCUCUUCCAUCUUCCUCCACGCCAUCACCAUCUCCAUCCACUUCCUCACCUCCAUCCCUCUCAACCUCUCCCUCAUCACCCCAUUCCUAUUUCCCAUUUCAAACUGCUGGCUCAGGAGAGCCAGCUCCAUCUACUCACUCAGACAACCAGGACAGCUCCACUAACCACGUGACAUCACCCCGCUGGGUCCCGGUGGAGAAAACUGUUCUGAACAGCUCUCUGGAUUAUCCUCCAUUACUGUCGGGAACCCCAGAUGUGGAGGAGCCUUCUUGGUCCCACGCUGUGGGGUCGGGGGCCUUGUUACCUGGCAACGUGGAGGAGGAGAGCAACAGAGGGGCAGUCAACAUCAGUACCAUAACUCUCAGCCCAACAGACGAGGUACAGCCCUGCGUGACAAACCCAUGUCUGCACGGAGGAAAGUGCCUUCCACAGGGAACGGGCUACAGCUGCUACUGCCCACAAGGAUACACUGGGGAGAACUGUGAGAUUGAUGUUGAUGACUGCCAGUCCGAGCCAUGUGAAAAUGGAGGCACUUGCAUCGACAAGAUUGAUUCAUUCCUCUGCCUUUGCUUGCCCAGCUAUGGAGGAGACACGUGUGAGAAAGACGUAGAAGGUUGCGAGCACGGUUGGAGGAAGUUCCACGGCCACUGCUACAGGUACUUCACCCACAGACACACCUGGGAGGACGCAGAGAAAGACUGCAGAGAGCACAGUGCCCACCUCAGUAGCGUCAUCUCGGCUACCGAGCAGGAGUUUAUCAAUGGUCUGGGUCAUGAUAACGCCUGGAUCGGUCUGAAUGACCGCACGGUGGAGGAAGACUUUCAGUGGACUGAUAGCAACGAUCUGGUAUACGAGAACUGGAGGGAGAGCCAGCCGGAUAAUUUCUUUGCGGGAGGGGAGGACUGCGUGGUCACAAUUGCCCAUGAGGACGGCAAGUGGAACGAUGUGCCCUGCAACUACAACCUGCCCUACAUCUGCAAGAAAGGCACAGUGUUGUGUGGGACCCCGCCCGCGGUGGAGAACGCCCAUUUGAUAGGUCGGCGGAGAUCCCACUAUGACAUCCAUGCAGUGGUACGCUACCAGUGCUCUGAGGGCUUCUUCCAGCGUCACAUCCCCACCGCUCGCUGCCGGGCCGACGGGAGCUGGGAGAGACCCAGGAUCAUCUGCACAAAGUCCCGGCGGUCACACCGGUACCGACGCCACCAUCACAAUCAGCACAACGAACGUCGCGGCCACAGGAGACACGGAGGAGAGGGACACAAGGCCAGAGAGGACGCACACAGCUACUACUGAACCAAAUAAUAUAACAUCUGCAAAGCCUAGGUGCUAACCAUGGCCCAUAAAGAGAGACAGUAGUUCAGAUCACCCCCCCCACUACUUUUUCCUGCUUCUAACCAUGCUCCGUUUGGCUUUAUUCCUCCUGAUUAUUACGGUUUUCUUACUCUAACAUACAGUUUAUCUCCAUAACCCCUAUCUCUGAGUUUGGGUGUUUGGAUGAUUCUUUUUGUUUUCACCCUGCUUCCUUUAACCAAGGUCCAUGCGAACACUAACUAUAACACUAACUCUUGUUCCCCCCUCCCCCUAACAUAUCAUUAUCAUUAUCAGUACAGUAAAUCUGUAAAGUCUGUUUUGUUCUACUGACAUGCUUUUUUCUAAUAUUUGCUAUGUUUUUGUGUUAUGUUACUAUUUAUUAUGAAUUGUUUGCUAGUGAAUAUGCUUUCUUUUUUUACUUAUACUUCAAAAAGCCGAUGUAACAUCAUUUUUCUACAGUAUACCGGUAUAUAAGUCCAACAAUGAACAAUAAACUAAAGUAAUCAUUUGAUUGCCUCUAAUCUCUGUAUUGUAUUUGUGGUGUUUGUUAAUGGCUGAUCCCUGAUCAAAAGCUGGACCUUGUCUAAUGAAAUAGACCCCCCCCCCUUACUCAUAAGCACUCUCAGCUAAUGGAUAUGUCCCACUGAAAUAGAUAGUGUGGAUGGGAUUAUACUUUCUUGAGAUAACUACUUGAUUGUAUCUGAAUUGCUAAAUACUUUCAAUCUUUGCACGGCUAUAUUUACAUGAUGGGUAGAAUGUCACAAUUUUUUUGUCUUUGGUCCCUUUGAUAUUUGAUCGGUCAUCCACUUUUUUGGUGUUCUUAUGACUUUUUGUCCUGCUGUUGUAUUCCAUUCUUAAUAAAUCGAAAAAAUGAACAACAA